CGAAUUUGAAAUCACAUGUGAGGUUAUGAUAUUUUUAAUAGCAAUACCGUAAUUAAACACAUUUGGAAUCAUUGAUUAUUUUUGUGCUGCAUAUCCCCAAGUGCCAAUACGUAAUUAGCAGUCACCGUGGACAGUAAUUCGUUGCUAGAAAAAAAACACCAAGUACAUCAUUUUUGUGAGCGGAAACAUUGAAUGAGAGCACAAAAACAAUGUCAGGAAGCGACAUCAGCGAAUAUGAAGGCUAUCGUUCGCCAUUAAGUACACGAUAUGCCACAAAGGAAAUGCAGUUUUUGUUUAGCGACCAGUUCAAAUUCUCCACUUGGCGCAAACUAUGGAUCUACCUUGCACAAGCCGAAAAGGAGCUCGGACUUGAAAUAACCGACGCCCAAAUCAAGCAAAUGCAAGACAACUGGAAUAAGAUUGAUUUCAAAGCAGCUGCUGCUGAAGAACGUAAAACACGUCAUGACGUGAUGGCUCAUGUUCAUGUUUUUGCCGAACAAUGUCCGCUGGCCGCUCCAAUUAUUCAUCUUGGUGCGACGUCAUGUUAUGUUGGCGACAAUACCGAUUUAAUCAUCCUACGUGAUGGUCUUGAUCUGAUUUUACCUCAAAUAGCCCGUGUUAUUCAUUGUCUCUCGAAGUUUGCCGAUGAUUUUAAAUCACAACCGACGUUAGGUUUUACUCAUUUGCAACCGGCUCAAUUGACAACAGUUGGUAAACGUGCAACGCUCUGGAUUCAAGAUCUAUUGUUGGACGAGUUGGCGCUUCGUCGGUGCCGUGAUGAUUUACGUUUCCGUGGUGUCAAGGGAACAACUGGCACACAAGCAUCAUUCAUGCAAUUGUUCAAUGGUGACGAGGAAAAAGUGAAAAAUUUGGACAAACGCGUUGCUGAAUUGGCUGGCUUCAAAAAAUGCUAUCCAGUUACGGGUCAAACGUAUUCACGUAAAAUUGAUGUACAAAUCAUAUCGGCAUUGUCAAGUUUUGGAACAACCGUUCAUAAAUUAUGCACCGACAUUCGUUUGCUGGCCAAUCGCAAGGAACUUGAAGAACCAUUCGAAUCAACUCAAAUCGGCUCAUCGGCAAUGGCCUAUAAACGUAAUCCAAUGCGAUCGGAACGAUGCUGUUCAAUUGCACGUCAUUUGAUUGCGCUGAGCAUUAAUGCUGCUAAUACACAUUCAACACAAUGGUUGGAACGUACAUUGGAUGAUUCGGCCAAUCGGCGAUUGACACUUUCCGAAGCAUUUUUGUCGGCCGAUGCUGUUCUUUUGACUUUAUUGAAUAUUUCUCAAGGACUGGUUGUCUAUAAAAAAGUUAUCGAACGUAAUAUUUUGCAAGAGUUGCCAUUUAUGGCAACGGAAAAUAUCAUCAUGGCAAUGGUGAAAAAAGGUGGCGAUCGACAAGUCUGCCAUGAAAAGAUUCGUGUUCUGUCACAUGAAGCCGGCGCUCAGGUGAAACAAUUCGGAAAAGACAAUGAUUUAAUUGAACGCGUCAAAGCAGAUUCAUACUUUGCACCAAUUUUAAGCGAUCUUGGUUCAAUUCUCGAUCCAAGCACAUUCAUCGGUCGUUGUCCACAACAAGUAGUCGAAUUCAUUGAAGAUGAAGUCAAACCAGUGCUUGACAACUAUAAGGAAAGCAUUAAAGAUUUGAAACCGGCUUCAUUGUCGAUUUAAAUUUCACGCGCACAAUACUUUACCCGCGGGGCCUUACACUGAGGCUAGUGCUGUAAAAAAAACAUAGUUUCUAAAAAAAAGAAAUGAAAAUAAAAUUUUGUGUUUUGUUUACACUUUGAUUUAAUAAAGUUUCAAAUAUGAUACAUGUUGCCCA